UAGUGGCCUAUAUAAGCCUCAUACAGGCCAUGGGAAGACAUUACCUGUUGAUAACACAGAUUAUUUUCAUGAUCAUGGGAGGUGUGAGAGAAUUGCUGCUCGUUGUGAUGACUGUGGGGGUUGUCAAAGUUUCUUGUUACCCUGUUGGAAAGUCCCAGAAGCAAGAUCAAGUCUCUCUGCAGAGGAGACUUGGAGAGCUGUCAUCAAAUGACGUCUCCAUUGUGCAUGCCCUGGCCUUGCUCCGAUCCAUAGGGUCUAACGCUAAACAAGCCAGAGAAGAGUAUUUAGAGACCAAUGAAGUAGAAUCCCAAGCUUCUCCAAACCAUGGUAUUUCUCUGGCAAAUUAUGCCCUGUCCUCUGAGGAGAAGCUGAGGCGCAUGUCCUCUGACGACGCCACUGAAGCUGCGACCGGCCCGUCCUCUGACGACGCCACCUCUGAAGCUGCGACCGGCCCGUCCUCUGACGACGCCACCUCUGAAGCUGCGACCGGCCCGUCCUCUGACGACGCCACCUCUGAAGCUGCGACCUCUGACGACGCCACCUCUGAAGCUGCGACUCCUGACGACGCCACCUCUGAAGCUGCGCUGCGACCGGCCCGUCCUCUGACCGGCCCGUCCUCUGACGACGCCACCUCUGAAGCUGCGACCGGCCCGUCCUCUGACGACGCCACCUCUGAAGCUGCGACCGGCCCGUCCUCUGACGACGCCACCUCUGAAGCUGCGACCGGCCCGUCCUCUGGCGACGCCACCUCUGAAGCUGCGACCGGCCCGUCCUCUGACGCCACGCCACCGGCCCGUCUGACCUCUGACGCUGCGACCGGCCCGUCCGGUGACGACGCCACCUCUGAAGCUGCGACCGGCCCGUCCGGUGACGACGCCACCUCUGAAGCUGCGACCGGCCCGUCCGGUGACGACGCCACCUCUGAAGCUGCGACCGGCCCGUCCGGUGACGACGCCACCUCUGAAGCUGCGACCGGCCCGUCCGGUGACGACGCCACCUCUGAAGCUGCGACCGGCCCGUCCUCUGACGACGCCACCUCUGAAGCUGCGACCGGCCCGUCCUCUGACGACGCCACCUCUGAAGCUGCGACCGGCCCGUCCUCUGACGACGCCACCUCUGAAGCUGCGGCCGGCCCGUCCUCUGAAGGCGCCACCUCUGAAGCUGCGACCGGCCCGUCCUCUGACGACGCCACCUCUGAAGCUGCGACCGGCCCGUCCUCUGACGACGCCACCUCUGAAGCUGCGACCGGCCCGUCCUCUGACGACGCCACCUCUGAAGCUGCGACCGGCCCGUCCUCUGACGACGCCACCUCUGAAGCUGCGACCGGCCCGUCCUCUGACGACGCCACCUCUGAAGCUGCGACCGGCCCGUCCUCUGACGACGCCACCUCUGAAGCUGCGACCGGCCCGUCCUCUGACGACGCCACCUCUGAAGCUGCGACCGGCCCGUCCUCUGACGACGCCACCUCUGAAGCUGCGACCGGCCCGUCCUCUGACGACGAAGCUGCGACCGGCCCGUCCUCUGACGACGCCACCUCUGAAGCUGCGACCGGCCCCUGCCCGGCCCGUCCUGACGACGCCACCUCUGAAGCUGCGACCGGCCCGUCCUCUGGCGCCACCUCUGAAGCUGCGACCGGCCCGUCCUCUGACGACGCCACCUCUGGUGCUGCGACCGGCCCGUCCUCCGACGACGCCACCUCUGAAGCUGCGACCUCUGGCCCGUCCUCCCACGACGCCACCUCUGGUGCUGCGACCGGCCCGUCCUCCGACGACGCCACCUCUGAAGCUGCGACCGGCCCGUCCUCUGACGACGACGCCACCUCUGGUGCUGCGACCGGCCCGUCCUCCGACGACGCCACCUCUGGUGCUGCGACCGGCCCGUCCUCCGACGACGCCACCUCUGGUGCUGCGACCGGCCCGUCCUCCGACGACGCCACCUCUGAAGCUGCGAACGGCCCGUCCGGCGACGACAUGGAUAUCUGACGUGGGACAUGCAAGAGUUCAUGGGUACUCUAGUCCAGUCUGUAACUGCAUUUGCUUGUUUUGGCUCAAUUAAACAUUAACUGUAA